UUUACACAACCCGCGCGCAGCCCUUCAAGAGAGACUAUCCCGUCAACCCGUCCUGGGAGAUCGUCCGCUCCCUCCCAUCCUACCUGCCCCCCCUCCGCGCCAAGGUCCCGCCGCCUUCUUCUUCUUCUUCCCCCGACGCCCCGUCGCCGCUCACCCUACCUCCGGUCCGCCUCCUAGUGCACCCGGCCCCGGUCCACGUCAGCUACGCCGCCGUGCGCGAGCUGGUCCCCCGGCUCUGGGGGGAUUCCGGUCGGGGGGAAAAAGAAGGAGAGGAGGAGGAAGGGUCCUCCUCCCCCGGGAAGAGGAUCGACGCGGCGAUCCACGUCGGCAUGGCCGGGCCCCGGCCCUUCUACAGCAUCGAGCGCCGCGGCCACCGGGAAGGCUACAAGAUGCGCGACGUGGACGGCGAGCUGCUGGCGGACGACGGCGGGCGGGGGUGUCGCCGGCCGCGGCUGGCCGCCGGAUCCGGGGAAGGGGAAGGGGAAGGGAAAGGGGUAGGAGAAAGAGGGAAGGAAUGGAUCUGGGAGGGCUUGCCGGCGGAGCUGGAGACCGCGUUCGACCUGGAGGAUAUACUCUCGAGGUGGAGGUGGCAUAGCCCGGUAUGUUUGUUUCUCUUCCCUUUUCAUCCUCCUUUACCUCCCCUGUUACUCUCUUAUUAUGUUUUCCUGCUCUCAGCGAACGCUGACAGCGACAAAGAGGCAUCUGGACUUGAGGAUUUCGGAGGAUGCCGGACAUUACCUAUGCGACUUCAUCUACUACUCGAGCCUGGCGCAUCUCGAAAAGGCCGGGGAGAGGAGGAGGGUGCUCUUCCUCCACGUGCCGAGCGACGCCUCGGACCAUAGCAUUGCGGUGGGGAGAGAGCUGCUGUUGCAGUUGGUGCGGUCGGUGGCGGAGAGCGAGUUGGCCAGGAGAGAGAAGGAAAAGAGCAAAGCCGAGGGCGCAAACUGAAGAGCUCUCGCUCGGUACGAGUACUGAAAGUUUGGUUGGCGCGGCGUUGUGGGCACUGAGGGUUUCAGGAUCACAUUUCUCUUUU